CGGAACAAGUGUGAAAGCCCCGCGCGGCUUUAUCCAACUCCUAGUCCGUAGCCCUGGCUCCCCCUCUGCCUCCUACCCUACGAGCUCCCCCUAGCUAGCUCCCCACCACCACCUCCUAUAGCCACCCAUGGCCAUCACCACCAUGUGUCGCCACCCCACCUCCACUCCCCACUUCCCACCCACUCCGCUUCCCGGCCCCCCAUUAAACGCCCGUGAGCUAGCACGCGAUCCCCUACCCACCACCGGGCGACGUGCUCCGUCUCCAUCACUCCUCCUCGACCGUUGCUCCGUGUCCGCGGAGAGGCGCUGCGUCCUCACCUGACGGCGGCCAUGAUAGGCAUCGACCUCAACACCGUGGAGGACGAGGAGGAGGGCGGUCCCUCGGCUGAGCCCCCGAGGGGCACGGUGUGCCUAGAGCUGUGGCACGCGUGCGCCGGCCCCGUGGGGCCGCUGCCUCGGAAGGGCAGCGCCGUCGUGUACCUGCCGGAGGGCCACCUCGAGCACACCCGGGAGGCGGUGGCCGCGGUGCCGCCCCAUGUGUUCUGCCGAGUUGUCGAUGUCAAUCUCCAGGUGCGUGCGCGCGCGCGCGGCCUGCUGCUCGUGCUGUACGGUGUCCACAAUGUGUUCGAGGUAUUAACUGAGAGAGCGUGCUCCCUGCAGGCGGACCCAGCGACGGACGAGGUUUACGCGCAAGUUUCUCUCCUGGUCGACAACGAGGAAGCCAAGAGGCGGAUGCGCCAAGGGGAGAGCGAGGAAGCUUGCGACGGUGACGGCGAGGACACCGGUGCCGCGAAGCGCCGAGCGCGCAUGCCCCACAUGUUCUGCAAGACGCUCACGGCUUCCGACACCAGCACGCACGGGGGCUUCUCCGUGCCGCGCCGUGCCGCUGAGGACUGCUUCCCGCCUCUGGAUUACAACCUGCAGAGGCCGUCCCAGGAGCUUGUGGCCAAGGAUCUGCACGGCACCGAGUGGAGGUUCCGACAUAUCUAUCGAGGCCAGCCACGGAGGCACCUUUUAACCACUGGAUGGAGUGCAUUCGUCAACAAAAAGAAGCUUGUCUCUGGGGAUGCAGUGCUGUUCCUCCGAGGUGAAGAUGGAGUGCUCCAAUUGGGAGUGCGCCGAGCUGCUCAGCUAAAAAAUGUAUCCCCUUUUCCUGCACUUUUUAACCAGGAUUCAAGUCUUCGUAGUCUCGGUAAUGUUGCCCAUGCUGUGGCUAUGAAAAGUAUUUUUCACAUCUACUACAAUCCCAGGUUAUGUGAGUCUGAGUUCAUUGUACCAUAUUGGAAGUUCAUGAGAAGCUUCAGUCAACCUUUUUCUGUUGGAAUGAGGUUUAAAAUGAAAUACGAAAAUGAAGAUGCUUCAGAAAGAAGGUCAACUGGGAUGAUAACUGGGAGCAGAGAGUCAGACCUGAAGUCGCAUGGUUCGAAGUGGAAAUGUUUGGUGGUGAGAUGGGAUGAUGAUGUAGAGUGCCGUCGCCCUAAUAGGGUAUCUCCUUGGGAGAUUGAACUUGCUGGAUCGGUUUCGGGAUCUCAUCUGUCCUCUCCCCAUUCAAAACGGCUGAAGCCAUGCCUCCCCCAAGUUAAUCCAGACAUGUUGCUUCCAACCAUUUUGGCAGGUGGAAGUGUUUCUUCGGAUUUUGCGGAAUCUGCCAGAUUCCACAAGGUCUUGCAAGGUCAAGAAUUAUUGGGUUCUAAAGCCCAUGAUGGUACUGUUAAUUCAGCUUCUGAGGCUUCUCAGGCGUCUGAAGCAAGAAAUUUUCAGUACAGUGAUGAUCGGAAUUGCUCUAUCAACAUGUGUAACAUUCCAGGGGUUCCAGGACUUGGUGCUAGAACCCCGCCUGAAAACCAUGGAUUUUCCUACCACUGCUCAGGCUUUGGGGAGUCUCAAAGAUUCCAAAAGGUCUUGCAAGGUCAAGAAGUGUUUGGUCCUUAUGAAGGAGGAACUUUGUCUGAUGCUGUUAUAAGAGGUUCUAGCUUCUGUCAACCUGAUGGCAACUAUACAUCUCGUGCAACAUAUAAAUGGCUUAUGUCACAGGGAUGCGAUUAUCGUGGGCCAGUAACACCAGCAAUGCCUCAAGCAUCCUCUCCAUUAUCUGUGCUAAUGUUCCCUCAAACUAGUUCCAAGAUACAUGGCUUUGAAUACGUAUGCAGAAGCCUGGAUAAGGAUGAUAAUAUUAGACAUGUUACUAUCAACGCCACUCAAGAUAUGGGAAGAACCAGUCAUACAUUACCUCUCUGGCCUCGUCUUGUUUCAGGCAAAGCAGUAGCUAGUUGUGCUGGAACUAAAAAGUUGCCCUCCAUCGGCAGUGCAGAGCAUGAACCAAAUGACAAGGAUGUUCACACAAAUGGCUGCAAAAUCUUUGGUAUCUCUUUGACUCAGAAGGUUCGAGUAUGCGAUGAAGUGGAAUGUAGCAGUGCGAAUUGUGAUUUUUAGCUCCAGCCUUUAAAGCCACAAAUGUCAAAAUCACUAGGCAACAGUUGUGCUACUGUUCAUGAGCAAAGGCCUGCUGUUGGCAUGGUGGUUGACCUUUCUGCGGUUGAUACGAUGAUCUGAUUCGUCUAACUGUCCUGGGAGGAGAAGCGGGGCCUACAGCAGGAUUCAUGUUAGUGAUGUGAUACUCAAUGACGCAAAACUUCCACCUGGUUAUUUCAUCCUAUGUGCACAGUUGGCACCGAGUUCAGUAAACACAUCAUGGUUGAUGAGUUGCUGAUGCUUAUCAAAUUUGUAAUGCACUUCUAGAAUUUGAUUUGUUAUAACAUCUAUCUGAAGCUCUCUUUUGAAUCAUCAUUUAUGUUGUACGAGCUGCUAGUGUGUUUUUAAGCUGCAUGGUAUGUUAUGACUUGUUUGUACUAGCACGAUUUAAUUUCGAAGAACAGAUGUAGUUCUUGUUUGAAUUA